AUGGAGAAGGCCGUGUUGAGGAGAUGGCGAGCAUUGAGUGACUUGGGCCGGAAAUGGGUGGUAAUCCAAAGGCAGCCUUUAUCCAAUCAGGCGGGAGAAAAUCCCAAGAGCUUUCAGAUCAAUUACCAGAAUCUGGGCAACGCUAAUUUGGAAUCCCGCCAAGACAACCCUUAUAUUCGGGAAAUUAUCCCCGAAACGGUUCGGGGAAAUGUGAAGAACCUCCACGGAGCUGAGCGGGGAUUUCUGUCCGUGUAUCCGGAUGUGGUGCACGUGAUUAGUCGCGCAGGGGAAAAUGACGAGCUCGACAUUUCGGCAUGGAACACAAAGGUUGUCACACACAAUCUGUCUCCGACCGUUUUGGGCCGAAGGUUUGGCCUGCUGGUGCCCAUUACGUACAAACAACUGAAUCCCAAUGCUUCCCGGGAAUCAAUGACGCAAGCCCACAUCCUGGGUUGGGGAGUGGAGAUGAUCCGAGGGUCCAAUACACUCAUCAAGAGCCUGAUUGAUCCCCCGGGCCCCAAGGACACGCCCACUUGGUCAGAGAAGCACGGCUUGGGCAACAUGGCCUUCAAUGACGCCCUUUUCUUGCAAAACGGCAUCCACGUCCUCCUCAAGCACUUCUUCAAGGACGAUCCGCGAUACCAUCAUUUCUUGGACGCCUUUCUCAUAGCCCUUCGAGCGACCACCAAAGGUCGUCUGAUCUCGUUCGACGAUCACCCGUCGCAAAAGCCCGGUUUAGCAGGAUACAGUAUCAACGCUUACAAGGCCUUGGUCCGGAACAACGUCUCGGCCAUUAGCUAUUGCCUGCCGAUCAGUCUGGCCUUCCAUAAGUUCGGCAUUCACGACCCGCAAGUGCACAAGCAGAUCCGCAUGAUCUUCAACGAGGUCGGCUACUUUGCUCAAAUCAAUCGCGACUACGCCAAUUGCUACUUGGAUCCCUCUGGAGCCGAUAUCAAGAACAAAAAGCUGACCUGGCUGGUGGUCAUGGCCAAGCAAUUGGCCAGGGAUGCUCGUCAUCGACAGAUCCUGGAGAAGUGCUAUGGAAGCGACAAUCCAGAGGACGUGGAGCAAGUGCUUGCCAUCUAUCGAGAUCUCAAGAUGAAGAAAAUGGUGCGCGGGUUCCUGGAGCAGGAGAAGCAGGACAUCCUGCAAAUGAUUCAACAAAUCUCCAAAGUGGACAAAGCUGGAUUAUCCCCCGAGUUCAUCUUCAAGUUGAUCGAUAGCAUGAAUGUCAAUCAUAUCGCAUAAAUACACCUCCCACGUCCGUCAUCAUCUCACCAUCACAUGACCUUUGCUAAUAAACUACCAAACAUUGGG